AUGUCUGCAGAAACAAUCAACUCUCUUCUGAGCUUCCAGCCAGAUGCUCCGGAGCUUCAACGGAAGCGCGAAUACGACAGGGAAGCCCGCGAGUUUGUCAAACAUAUCAAUGGGUCGACUCCGGUGACCUUUCUCAAGGGUGCAGACUCGCCUCAAGAUCCCUUGAACGUGCUUGACCCUACGACCAACGCGAUAGCAUACGCUUAUACACUCCGCCACCGCAUCGAAGCGGCCAUCAAGCAGACCCCAGACCAGGUCCGACCCGGAGGCUCAUUAUGGAAUAAACUGGUGUUGUUUUUGGAGUCCUUUGAUCCAAUUCAGAUGCGGUACGCCGGAGAGCAGUGGAGGAAGCUGGUGGACUACGUCGAGGUGGCUGCGCGAAACGAAGGGGCGCCUGCUCUUGCCAUCGCUCCAAUUCGCUCGGCAAUGUUCCGCCUCGACCCCACAACGGGCACUUUUACCUCGACGCACCUUCGCUUCAUCCAGCUAUGCAUGGAGACUAGGUCCUACAAGGCUGCCCUGCCCGUUCUCAAUAACUACAUACACAGCCUUCCUGCGGCCAUCGCGAAGGAAACAUUGGACGAUCUGGAAUACUCUGUAGUGGCUGCAGACAGCGUCGCAAGUGGAGAGUACAUCAACUUGAAGUCAGGUCACACAGCUAAGAUCAGCUUAACGGAUCUACAAGAGUACUAUGUACUAGGAGCCAUGGCAUAUCUUGGAGAGAGGCAGGUUAAGGAUGCUCUACACUUUUUGGAGCAUGUGCUGGUGACGCCUGCGAACAAUGCGCUGAAUGGGUUGAUGCUCGAAGCAUACAAGAAAUGGGUGUUGAUCAGCUGUUUGGCGGACAAAUCAUAUAAAACACCUCCGCGGACCAUGAGCAGUGCCGCGGUGAAGCACUGCAAGAACGCUGCCAAAGCGUAUGAGGCGCUUGCGGAAGCUUUCCAGCAGCUCAACAAUUUACCUAAACUCAAAGCACAAGUCAAUGCAGGCAGCGAGAUCUGGGCCGAGGAUGGGAACACCGGCCUAGUGGAGGAGCUCUUGGAACACCAGAAUCGAGCCUAUCUCUCGCGCCUAUCGCGCACCUUCUCGGCCAUUCCAGUCUCUAACAUUGCGAGCAACGUGGGCAGCAGCGUGGAUCAAGUGACGACGUUUGUGGGCUCGCUAAUCCAACAAGGCCUUCUAAACGCCCGUCUUGAAGCAAACGACAAGUCGGGAGCAGGCGCCGUGUUGCGUUUCUACCUCGACCCCACCCAGGGACCCCUUGCCAAGACGGAGAAGCAGCAGCAGCAGGCACUGUUCGAGCAGACGCAGCGGACAGACGCGCUGGCUGAGCAGGUGAAGGAUGCGGACUACCGUCUGAGCAUCACCAAGGAGUACGUGGAGUAUGUCAAGCGCCAGAAGAAGAAGAACGGGGCAGGUGGAGGCGGAGGAGCGGACGCUAUGGACAUGACGUUUGACGAUGGCGACAUGGAUGAGGACAUAAUGGGUGACAUGCGCUGA